AUGCCAGUUCUGAUCAGCCCCGACACCGCCACCAAGUUUAAGGAGAAAUGGCUGGCCGUGUACCCGGAGUCCGACCGUGGCCCCUGCACCGACUGGGUCCACCUGGACGACAGCCUGACCAGCCUCCACUGGCUUCAGAACUUCUCCAUCAUCCACGCGGACCCCGAGAGGGGGGGCGCCGCCUACUCAGCGGCGGCCGGCUGCCCCCCAUCCUUCCAGCAGCAGAGCGCGCACCACCUGAAACAACUCCAGUACCCGCAGAGCGGCACAGCGGACCCCCCGUCCAGCCCCCCGGCCGGGGACACCGCGGCCACGGGCAUGCCCCUUUACCUGGGCAGCCCCGUCACCUCCAUCAGCGACUGCGCGGCGGACCCGCGGCUCGUGACCUAUACGCAGACUCAGACGCGGAUGAACGGCUACGGCAUGGUCCAGGCGAGCGCGCCGGCCGAGGUCGACUACAAGAACAACCCGAAGGUCAAGCCGCCCUACUCGUACGCGUCGCUCAUCUGCAUGGCGAUGCAGGCCAGCCAGCAGCCCAAAGUGACUCUGUCCACCAUCUAUAACUGGAUCACGGAGAAUUUCUGCUACUACAAACACGCAGAGCCCAGCUGGCAGAACUCCAUCCGCCACAACCUGUCCCUCAACAAGUGCUUCCUCAAGGUGCCCAGGCAGAAGGACGAGCCCGGGAAGGGGGGCUUCUGGCAGAUCGAUCCCCAGUACGCCGACAUGUUUGUGGACGGUAUCUUCAAGCGCCGCAGGAUGUCCACCAACCAUUUCAACAACAACAACAACAACAACAACAACAACAACACCAACAACACCAACAGCAGCGGCAACGGCAGUCUUUACGCUCACCGGCCUGGCAAACUGGGCCGGGAAACCCCUUACCGCCGGAUCCAAAAUGGCUGCCUUUACCAGGGCGGGAGCGGCGGGAUGACUGGCGACGGCGGCGGCGUCGGCGGCGGCAACAGGCGUAAACACCACCUGACGGGCAAGAGCCACGGCGGCAAGGGCGCGCAGACGCCCAAGUCCCCCCUGCUGGCGACGGAGGCGCAGCGCGGCGUGGGGGACUUCCUGCGCGGGGACUUUGACCUGGCGUCCGUGUUCGACGACGUCCUGGGGGGCAGCUGCAGCAACUUUGAGGACCUGGACAUCAACACGGCGCUCAGCUCCCUGGGCUGCGAGAUGGAGGCCUCCCUCCAGGCGGGGAGGCACCCCGCGGUCGGGGUCGGGGUCGGGCUGUCCGGCAGGUGGUGCGGCGAGGGCGAGCUCCAGGGUGGAGCCCACCACCACCAUCACCACCACCCGUCGUCCUACGGCUACCUGGAGCUGAGCUGCGGCGCCAACGUGGAGGUGGGUCACGUCAGCAUGACCUCUGACCUCCACGUGCCACACCAUCACCAGCACCAGCUGCUGCAGCAGCAGCAGCUCCACCAGGACCAGAUGCUGCUGCAGCCCCACCUCCACCUGCAGCAGUUCGAGGAGGCCUCCACGCUGUUCCCGGAGCAGUCCGAGGAGGUGGUCAUCCUGCCCUGGGAGGAGAUCAAGGAGGAGGCCCAGGUCAUCCCCCUCUCCUUGGACCAGGGCUUCGGCCUGUGCGAGGGGUUCUUUGCGGAGAUGCAGCCGUGGGAACGAGUGGAGGCCUACCUGUGA